UGCGGUGUGUGGGCUAUAAUAGCUAGGAGAGGAAAACCCCGUCAUACAGUUUCUUGUUCUCUCUGUACCCGUUUCCGAAUCUUUACGUCUGUUGCUAGCGCUUCUUCCGUUUGUCAUUAUCAGGAUAGCUGAUUGCACAACUUUCCCAUGGCUCGCAGCACACCCGACUUGCCCAGUUCGCCGUUGAUGGUGCGGAGGUCCGACAGAGCGAGCAGGUCGCCGGAAUUCCGUCGUUCGUGGAGCCCACUCAACACUGGACGACAAUUCAACGACAUAGAGUCAGAAGCUGGAGCAACGAAGAAGUCCCGACGCUCCAUCAGCGACACGAGACCGCCAAACAUACGCAAAACGAGCAGCUCCGACGCGCCUCCAGGACAGCUCGUGAAAAGCACGAGCGAACACCAUCUAAAUCGCACCAGCUCGCUGUCCGACGUGAUGCGAAGGCAGGCGUCGCUAGGCGGCUCCAUGACACAGCUACCGCACGAGGUGAUGCUCGAAAUUAUAUUGAGACUGAACGCCGAGAAUGCGGUCGCCGACUGGCGCGAGCUCGCGAAGCAAUACGAAAUGACAGAGGUGGAAAUCGAUGAACUAGCGUCGACAGGAAGCGAGCAGCCGGCGUCGGCUCUUCUUCAUCGGAUGGUGCGAGCCGGAUUGACGGUCAAAUUGCUCGUGACAUACUUGAAGAACAUCAGUCGUGAGGACAUCGUCGAGGUGCUGAGGAAGGCGAAUAUCUGGUCGUCUGAGGAAGACCUACAACAAGAAGGAAAAAGAAAUCAUAUCAGUCCUAAUACGAGCGGCAGCAAUUUGUUGAAAGGUCUCAGUCGCGGCAAUUUGGAUUCGGCGGCGUCGGACGGACAUCGGCCCGUUUUUCCGAGUCCGCCGCUCUCUCCAUCGGCUGCUUUGCAGCGUCGCAGUCUGACUGCUUCUACUAGGCGAGCAAUGACGUUGCCGUCCAGCUCUCCAUCUCCUCUCUCUCGUUCCUGGUCGAUGUUCAAUGGCUUCCCGAAAGUUGAUCAGUCUCCUAGAAUACCGCAUACCAUGUCAAGCGAGAGGCUUUCAAGAGUGUCUCAACUUGAUUUUCAAAGUAUGAUGGAAUCCUUACCAACUCUAGAAGAGCCAUCUGAUAUCAAGAAAGUUGCUCUUGUUAUUGGGAACUCCAACUAUCGUCUAGAGGAGCUGAAACUGCAGACGCCCGAGAACGAUGCAUCAGCCAUUGAAACUAGACUGAAAAGCUACGGCUGGAAUGUAAAGUGUCGGCUGAAUGUGCCGCUCUCGGUCAUGAAGAAGGACUUACAGUCUCUGUGCGAUUCUUGUUGCCGCGAUCGAAAUAGAGCUGUGUUUGUUUUCUAUGCUGGCCAUGCAGUCCAGAUCGAUGGAGAGAAUUAUGCUCUCCCGAUUUCCAUUCAGAACGUUAAGUCGUCAUCGUAUGUCAAGCAGUACGGACUGAAUCUGAAUUCGUUACUGAAAGGACUACAAUAUUGCUUGAUGAGCGUCGUGGUUGUCAGCUCCGGUUACUUUAUUCCAAGCUGGAGAGGUGCCUCCGGUCUUGCGGUUCCAUCGGUGCCACCGAAUUGUUGUUUCGCGAUGUCAUACCCUCCUAGUCAAGUGCACAGAAAUGAGGAAGGCUCCAUUCCAGGAUGUUGUCCGUAUGUUAGUCGAUUCGUUCAGCAAUUAGAACGGGAUCAGGACCAACCGCUGGAAGAGCUACUGAAUGCGGCGGAGUCUGAUGCGUUUGGUCCGUGUCACUUUUGUCACAGCUUGUCAUUGUUGAGGAAGUUUGCAUUCCAAAGUACAUACAAGAAGAGGUUGAAGAAUGCCGAUAUGUGUUACGCGCUCAUUAUUGGAAAUAAAAACUUGCGAUCGCCGUAUGCGGAUGAAGCGACAGAAGCAACAGACCUUGCAAACUAUCUAGAACACAUAGGAUGGAGCGUAACGAAAGAGGAGAAUGUUGUUUCUGCUCGGCUGGUCGAUGUCAUAUACGACUUUCUUUACCAGCCCAACAUCCAGGCGGACGAGAACUGCACUGUGAUGGUCUUCUUCGUAGGACAAGCGAUUCAGACGGAUGACAAAGUAGUUUUCAUCAAGGGUUCUGACUCGGGAGGCAGUCUGGUCUUUCCAGAGCUGUGUGAAAAUGCCGUUGUGUUGGAAGACGUGAUGUUGAUGAUGGCCGAAGUUGUCGCCGGCCCGAAGUUACUGACCGUAGGCGGAUCGUGGAACGUGGACGUCGAGUGCCUGGAACAGACGUCGUUCGAAGUUUGUCCCUGGCACAACAUGCUCGUCUCCAUCUUUGCCACAGAGUCGGGAGUCAUGAGCAGAUUUGUACCCGGACUGAUUCAACACUGGAAACGAUACCCAGAUGCAUCACUCUUGGAGAUAAUACAAACUACCUUACCACACUCGAACUGGAGCUGCCUCUUCCAGGUGUAGUGUCUCAAGUUAUGUGUACAUAAAGUGCGUUUGUUCGUAUACCCAUAGUACUGGCGUAAAACCUUUUUAUAAUGUAGUGGUCACUUAUAGUGGUUAUGUUCUGCUUGGGUGAGUUGUUUUAUAUAGUCGUGCCAUAAAAGUUGGAGCCAAGCAAGCAUGUAUGAAUGUUACACUAAUUUGAGGUGAUAUUGUAAUGAAAAAUGUAUCAGCAGCCA